CAUUGCCUAGCAUGGGGCUCUGCACAUAGUAGAUAUACAAAAAUAUUUGUUAAAUAAAUAUAUUAUUUAAUAUAAAUUCACUACUGAUAUUUAGAGAGUUGCCAAGGAAUCACCAUUCUUUGUUCACUGACAUGUUCAUUUUAAGUUGUUAUUUAAUUGAGGAUAGGGACCAUCAUUGAACUUGCUGACCCUCCAACUACUCUUGGUCAAUUUUAUUAAUCUAUGAAAUUGGCACCCCUGCAUACAAAAGGAUUGUUGAGACCACCCAAAUCAUACAAUCAUCAAGGGAACAUAGAUUUUCUAAAAGGUCUCUAGAAAAGAAUUGCUUAAAAUAAAGAAGGAUAUUUUUGAGUGUGUGUGUGUGUGUAUAUAUAUAUUUAAAUUCCUAGUAGCCCCAUUUCAGUAUAUUCUUUGAUCAGGGCCAGCAGUACCAAGAAAGGAAUUGUCACAGUUUUAAAUUGCUCCAACCACCACUGAGUUUCAAUCUUCACUUUUGUCAUAGCAGGAAUCAAACAUGGAGUUUAAGCCAUCAGGAAACUACACUGCAGUGACCAGCUUCCUUAUUCUGGGAUUAACAGAUGAUCACAUUUUUUGUAUCAUUCUCUUUGUGCUAUUUAUGGGGAUAUAUUUAUUCACUGUAAUGGGAAAUUUCUGUACAAUUAUUCUAAUUAGGCUGAGUCCACAGCUUCAUACUCCCAUGUACUUCUUUCUCAGUCAUUUGGCUUUUGUUGAUGUUGGGUAUUCCACAUCAGUUACACCUAACUUGCUAGUGAAUUUCAUGGUGGAGAAAAACAUCAUCACUUAUCCUGGCUGUGUUACCCAAUUAUGUUCCCUGGUCACCUUUGGGGCCACAGAGUCCUUCUUACUUACAUUCAUGGCUUAUGACCGCUACAUGGCUAUUUGUAACCCAUUGCUUUACUCUGUGAAAAUGUCAGACCAGGUCUGCUGUCUACUAAUAGUGGCUGCCUAUGUAGGUGGCUGUUUGAAUGGGGUAACUUAUACAGGCUGUUUGUUGAAUUUAUUUUUCUGUGGCCCUAAUGUAAUCAAUCACUUUUUCUGUGACUUCUCUCCUUUGGUUAAGCUUUCCUGUUAUCAUGUCUUAGCAGCAGAAAUACUUCCUGCUAUCUACUCAGCAAUAAUAAUAGCUAUAGCUCUUACAACCAUUGCCGUCUCCUAUCUGUAUAUCUUCUUCACCAUUCUCAAUAUGAACUCAACAGAAGGAAGACACAAAGCCUUCUCCACCUGUACUUCCCAUCUCACUGCAGUCACUCUUUUCUAUGGGACCAUUAUAUUCAUUUAUGUGAUGCCUACAUCCAGUUAUUCCACGGAUCAGAACAAAGUGGUGUCCAUCUUCUAUAUUGUGGUGAUCCCAAUGUUGAACCCCAUGAUUUACAGCCUCAGGAACAAGGAGAUUAAAGAUGCCUUAAGAAGACUGGUCAGUAGCAAGAGACAUUCUUAA